CCUUGGAAGAAAACAUCUACAGAGAAAACAAUGAUUCCAGUUGACAGAGUAAACGUAGGGAGUGAAAAUGAGACAAAUUUAACUAAUACAGUGGAACCACAGACAAAUUUGAAGCUUAAAGAUGAAAAUCUUUCAGCUGUUAAAGGAUGGGAGAAAGCUGAAUCAGAAGUUUUAGCACUAAAACAAGAACUAGAGAAAGCUACACAACAAAGAGAAGCAUUAAAUGAGUGUAUGCUUCAGCUUCGUUUUGCUCGUGAAGAACAGGAAAAAAGAUACAUGAUGAUUUAAUGAAAACAUCAAAUGAACAUGAAAAAAAGAUAGGUGAAUUAAAUAAAAAAGUUUCCAAACUAGAAUUGGAAAACAGUCAAUUAAUUUACUCUCUUUCAUCAAAGGAAAAUCUACUUAACGAACUACACUCAGUUAGAGCUCAAUUAGAUUAUGAUUUAACUUCUGUUGUUGGUCAACUAGAGUCAACUCAGAGAGAAAAUGAUUCUUUAAGUUAUGAAAUCCGAGUUUUAGAAAAAGAACUUGAGAUUAGAAACGAAGAGAGAGAAUUUAACCGAAGAACAUCUGAUGUGGCACAUAAGCAAUACCUAGGAAGUGUCAAAAAGAUUGCACAGCUGGAAACAGAAGCACAAGGACUCCGCUCACUUC